UAUAUAUGCACACACUGCCCUCGCCGCUAAGUAAUCCAAAACUCCUAAAGCCCGCAACCGCAAUACAGAAGUUUAUAAACAAAGCCCGGUUUUUUUUUCUUGAAUCUCUUACUUAACUGAUAAUAUCGGAACCUGUUGUGACGAUGUGGGGUCAGCCUUACCGGAAAAAUGACGUGGAAGUCGGCGCCAGGCCGCUGUAUCCGAUGAUGCUGGAGAGCCCAGAACUUCGGUGGUCGUUUAUUCGGAAAAUAUACACAAUUGUCAGUAUCCAGUUGCUUCUCACAAUUGCUGUUGCUGCUGUCGUUGUAACCGUUCACCCGAUAGCGCAUUUCUUUGCGACUACUGGUGCUGGUUUGGCGCUUUACAUUGUUCUGAUCAUCACCCCAUUCAUUGUUUUGUGCCCUUUGUAUUAUUAUUACCAGAGGCAUCCUGUGAACUAUUUUCUGCUUGGGGUUUUCACUCUGGCGCUUGCAUUUGCGGUGGGGUUGACAUGUGCGUACACCAGUGGAAAAGUUAUUCUGGAGUCUGUUAUCUUGACUGCUGUGGUGGUUGUCAGUCUCACUCUAUACACAUUCUGGGCUGCAAAGAGAGGCCACGAUUUCAAUUUCCUCGGGCCUUUCCUGUUUGGCGCUGUUGUUGUUCUUAUGCUGUUUGCGCUGAUUCAGAUCUUAUUCCCUCUGGGGAGGAUAAGCGUGAUGAUUUACGGCUGCUUGGCAUCAAUAAUCUUCUGUGGCUACAUCAUCUACGACACUGAUAAUCUGAUCAAGCGGUAUACAUAUGACGAGUACAUUUGGGCUGCAGUAGCACUGUACCUAGAUGUCAUCAACCUCUUCCUGUCUUUGUUGACGGUUUUCAGAGCUGCUGAGAAUUAGAUAGCUAAAGAGUUGUAAUUUUCUUCUCAUUUGAUCAAUAUACGGCAUGUAAAUGAUGGGUCCUCCUUCUGUGGAUUGCUUUUUCAGUAACCAGUGGAAUAUUAUGUUCUUUAAGCCAACUACGUUAUGAAAUGAAUUUUUUUGCUUAA